AUGUCUUCUUGCUGCUUGUCAGCAGUACAGGUCGUGCGUUUUGUUAAGUUCACUUAUGGGUGUUCAUCAAAUCAGAGUACCAUUCUCAGGAAGGUACCAAUUGCUCUUGCUCAUUCUUUAUUUCUAAGGUACAAUUGCAGUUGUGCUGGACAGUUGGAGAAUGCUGAUCCAUGUGUUCAAUCCGAUAGUUUUAAACACUGGUACAAAAAUUGGAAAGAAUUGAGAAAGUAUAAACUCACAGCUAGCACUUUUGGUCAAGCUGUUGGUUUAUGGCCUAAACGUAGAGUUCAACUCUGGGAGGAGAAAAUCGGAAUGAUUAAACCCUUGUCGGUAAGAGAUCAUAUGGCCAUGCGUUGGAAUAAUAUCAAGGAAAAAGAGGCAAUUGUGAGAUAUAGUCUGAUAACUGAUAAUAUUGUCUCUUUCAAGAACUUUCAAGUCUAUCGGGAAAUGAACGUAAAGGAUAACUGGCUUGCUGCUUCCCCUGAUGGUGUAAUCGACAAAUCUAUUAAUCCUUUGCCAUCAAAAGGAAUUUUGGAAAUCAAAUGCCCUUACUUUGAUGGUGAUAAGAAUAAGAUGAUACCUUGGAAAAGACUUCCCAUUUACUAUGUUCCUCAGGCUCAAGGUUUAAUGGAAAUAUUGGAUCGAGACUGGAUUGACGUUUAUGGGUGGACUAUCAAUGGAAGUAGUUUGUUUAGGUUGUUUCGAGAUAAAGAAUAUUGGCAAUUGUUGGAAACGGCACUUUCUGACUUCUGGUGGAAGCAUGUUCAGCCAGCAAAAGAGUUGUGCAAGGGAUCAAAGAUUGCAAAUUCUCGUGUCUAUGAACCAAAACCUAGGCAUGAAUUACUUCAGCAAAUCAUCUAUCAAAGCAGAUGUGUGCUUAAUAAUUCUGAAUUUGUUAUGCGUGAAAUUGGUGGAAAAUUAUCCCACAUGUCCUAG